CGCGCCGUGCUGGCCUGCGCCGGCACGUACUUUGGCGAGCUGUUCGGCCGGGCCGCGUCCGGGCCCGCCGACGUCGUCUCGCUGGAGUUCGUUUCCCCGGCGAACUUUGAGAAGGUGCUGAGCUUCGCGUACACGGGGGAGGUCCUGGCGGAUCUCAUCGACGUCGGCGUCCUUUACGAGCUGGCCGAGAGGCUGGGCGUGAGCGAGCUGGCGAGGGCCUGUCGCGCCACCUUCCCGGACCUGCCGGGACCCGCGCGGGCGCGCGGCGAGGCCGGCGGCCCGGGAGAGCUUCCGGCCGCCUCCUCCGUCUCU